UCUACAAGAAUAAGCAAAAUAUUAUGAGUUGGUGAUUCUGCCCCAGAAAGGACACCAGUUGUGCCAUUUCGUAAUAGAAAUUAGAAGCCAACAAAAGGCGGCUGGGUCGCGGGGCUGGUCGAGCAAUGAGAAAGAGCUCGAUUCAGCAUGUGUGCGCGCUUGUAAGUCUCCGGAAGAACAAUAGAGGAUUCCUGCAGUUUUAGAAAGCUGGAUUGAAAGAUGUCUCAGCGAAAGUGAAACCAAGCGAUACUCCAGUCAUACGUCUCUGGGGAAUAUGUCGAACGACGAAAAUGAGGAAAAAGAAAACAACAGAGCUUCCAAACCACACUCAACCCCAGCUACUUUACAAUGGCUGGAAGAAAAUUACGAGAUUGCCGAGGGUGUGUGCAUUCCUCGAAGUGCCUUGUACAUGCAUUACCUGGACUUCUGUGAGAAGAAUGACACACAGCCUGUCAACGCUGCAAGCUUUGGAAAGAUAAUAAGACAGCAGUUCCCACAACUAACUACAAGAAGACUGGGGACAAGAGGGCAGUCAAAGUACCAUUACUACGGGAUCGCGGUGAAAGAGAGCUCCCAGUAUUACGAUGUGAUGUACUCCAAGAAAGGGGCAGCCUGGGUAAACGACACAGGGAAGAAGGAGGUCACCAAGCAGACAGUGGCAUAUUCACCACGCUCCAAACUGGGAACUCUACUGCCAGAGUUUCCAAAUGUCAAAGAUCUAAAUCUGCCAGCAAGUCUGCCAGAGGAGAAGGUUUCUACAUUCAUUAUGAUGUACAGAACCCACUGUCAAAGGAUUCUUGAUACUGUAAUACGGGCAAAUUUCGAUGAGGUUCAAAGCUUUCUGCUGCACUUUUGGCAAGGAAUGCCACCUCACAUGUUGCCUGUCCUGGGCUCCUCCACAGUCGUGAACAUAGUCGGUGUCUGUGACUCCAUACUGUACAAGGCCAUUUCAGGAGUUCUUAUGCCGACGGUCCUACAAGCUCUACCAGACAGCUUGACUCAGGUGAUCCGGAAGUUUGCCAAACAGCUGGAUGAGUGGUUAAAAGUGGCUCUGCAUGACCUACCGGAAAACCUAAGGAACAUCAAAUUUGAAUUAUCUAGAAGAUUUUCUCAAAUUCUAAGAAGACAGACAUCUUUAAACCACCUGUGCCAGGCCUCCCGAACUGUAAUCCACAGUGCAGAUAUAACAUUUCAGAUGCUGGAGGACUGGAGGAAUGUGGAUUUGAACAGCAUCACAAAACAGACUCUGUACACUAUGGAGGAUUCUCGGGAAGAGCACAGGAAAAUGAUCAUACAGUUAUAUCAGGAAUUUGACCAUCUUUUAGAGGAGCAGUCACCCAUUGAAUCAUAUAUAGAGUGGCUGGAUUCCAUGGCAGACAGAUGUGUUGUCAAGGUAGCUGGAAAAAAACCUGGCUCUCUGAAGAAAGUCGCUCAACAGUUCCUCCUAAUGUGGUCCUGUUUUGGGACAAGAGUCAUUAGGGACAUGACUCUCCACAGUGCGCCUAGUUUUGGCUCGUUCCACCUGAUCCACCUCAUGUUCGACGACUACGUUCUGUACUUGCUGGAGUCGCUCCAUUGUCAGGAGAGGGCCAAUGAGCUAAUGAGGGCAAUGAAGGGGGAGGGAAACACAGUAGACAGAAGGGAAGAGAUCAUAUUGACAGAGACAACACCUCCGUCAGUGUCACCAGGCCCAUACUCUCCUGCUAAAUCUGUCAAUUCUGUGGAAAUCCCCUCAGCCCACUCUCCCAGUAACAGCCAAUCACCAGAAUAUACAAGCGUACCAGCUACAACAGGGGCUGUUCAAUCGUAUACCUGGUCUCUUACAUAUACAGUGACAACGGCCGGAAACAGCCCCACAGACAGUGGGCAGCAGCUGCCCUGCAUGAGAAGCACUCACGUCCCCCCGUCCUCCUCUUCACACAGGAUGCCCGUGUACCCUCACAGGGAAGACCAUGGGUACACAGGAGGGUACAACUAUAGCAGCUACACCAACCAGCAUCACCACCCUAUCCAGAGCCAAUAUAGCGCCCUUCCGCACGAACCUGGGAUCGCUGCCCCACUGCACUACCCUGCCUACCACCGGAGCACUUCACAGUACCCCCUCAACAGUCAGAUGUCCCGGAUGGAGCCCUGUUUGAUGAGUGGCACCCCGAGGCUGCACCCCACACCAGUGACGCCCCGCUGGCCUGACGUCCCGUCAGCGAACAGUUGCUACGCCAGUCCCCCGAUGCACUCCUCCAGAUACAGCAACUCCGGGGACAUGUAUUCCCCGCUGGCGGCCCGCAGGAACUCGGAAUACGAGCACGUGCAACAUUUUCCAGGCUUUGCAUAUAUAAAUGGGGAGACCACUACAGGAUGGGCCAAAUAAAUCUUCCCUCAGGGUUGCCAGCAACGCGUCAGUGGAAGACAACGUAUUAAACACUGUAUCAGGGGCCCCUAAAGUGGACCUGAAUCCCGAAUGCCAAAAAACACACCGGAGGCCCACCUUAUGAAAGAAUAAUAAUAAAUUUAAUUUAAUUUCAUGAUUGAACAUUUGCUGGGAGAUGUAAUAUUCUGGAUGACGUCAACUGCAGUUUUAAGAACUUUGCAGCAAACUUAUUUUCUUUUGUUGUUUGUGACCAUUAAAAACAGAAACCACAGUGGAGAGCUCCAUCGUCUGUGAUGACCACUGCUUACCUUCUGCUGCUUGGAUCAUACCCUGGAAUCUAAACCUAACUCUGGCCUUUAGGUCAAGUAGUGCCUUUUUCUUAAGUGCAGCAGAAACCAAUCAUGGAGAAAAUUAAUGUGUCAUUUCACUGAAUUCUGAAGGAGGAUCUUGUUUUUCAGGAAUGUACACAUGGUACUGUCCUCCAAGCAAGAUUUUUAAGAAGUGGCUUAACUCCUGACUUUUGUAGUUGCUGUGAAAAAGAAUAUUGGAUGGUCUCCUAAACAAACAGCCAGCAUCAGCGUUCUUCACUGCCAAUUGAUGUCAGUACAGUGCUGCAUAUUACAGGAUUUGGUUUGCAUUCAGCCUACAGUUGACAUCAUUACAGCCAGAACUAAAGUUUCUUCUUUUGUAACAACUCCACCACCACCAAAACACACACACGCAUGUCAGCACACCUCCACCACCAAAACACACACGUGCACACAAAGACACAAAAACCUUCACAGGAACUGGAACAUUUUCAACAUGUUACAAGAAAUGUAACCAUGACAUAUGGCCUUAAUAAUUACUAAAUAAACUUAGUAUAAGGUUUACAGUGGCAGUUAGUCACAAAGAAUUAAAUGUUGGUACUUGGAAAACAUUAAACAGAACAGGUGUAAGGAGGAUAGUGCAUAACCCAAAAAAAUCACUUUGGGUUCUACUCUGAAUAUAAAUUUUUAAGAUAUUUCCCACUCAUAGUUAAAAUUCAAAGCUGUGCCUUUGAAAAUAUAUUGUGUUAUACUGUACUUCAAAAGCUAUACAGCUGUAUUUCUGAGAGAACUUAAUGUAGACAUUUUUUUCUGUCACUUUGUAACAUUGUGUGUGUUUUUUUGUUGUUGUCAUGUUUGGCUUGUUAGAAAAAAAAAGAUUAACCUAGAUUUGUGUAUUAUAAAAUGCACUCAGAAACUACUGCGGACCUAUUACCCUAUGGGUAAGAAUACAAGGAAAGGAAAUCAAAAUAACAUUAGUCACUUUCUGUAAAUAAAAGCACUCUUGGCAACCUCUGGGGUAAUUAUGGUCAUGGCAUUAAUCAGGUGUCCCCAGUCCUGGUACUGGAGGGCUGGUGUGUCUGCAGGUUUUCCAGGUCUCUCUUCCAGCUCUUAAAUUGUUUCAAUUAAGCCAAUAGCAAGCUGAAUAAGAUUCCAACUGGAAUGAAAAGUCAUAACCCCACCAGCCCAUCAAGAGCAGGAAUGGGGACCCGUGGUUUAAAUCAAUAUAUGUGGAGAUAUUUAUAUAGAGAAGGCUGUUACAUAAAAAUCUUGAAAAGUCAAAUAAAGAUGUCAAAAUGUA